UUUUUGGCGCGGGAGCGACGAUUGGUAGCAACAUUGUCAACAGCAUCUUCUAGGCUAUCGGUGGGUUCAGGCAGGCGUUUGGUGGAUGUACGGCCAUCGUUCAGCGGGUCAAGUGUGAACGGCGUGGCGAAUUCGGUUGAACACUUGUGAAGCCAAUAUUCUCACGCCAAUGACAUGUGAUGCGCAAAGUUGACCAUCGUCAUUUCAUACCACCUAGUAAAAGCAAACUCGUGAUAUACACAUCUUCCAACCAACGACCUUCAAAUCUACACGUUAACACCGACUCGCGAUCAUGAAGAAGCGACUCACGAGGAACAGCGUGACUUGCGAGGAAUGUUCUUCGCCCAUAGCCAAGGAUGAUGUGCGAUACGACUGCACUACGUGUCCCAACGCAACUUUCUGCGAGAACUGUUACCUCACGGCGAAGCGGCGGAAGAGAAAACCGAAGGGCCACGUCACACAUGUGUUUUUGCAGCAGGAUCCGAAGACUGGCAAGGAGGAACUGCCACUUAAGCCGGCAAGAUAUAAGCGCGAAGCUAAGCAAGAUGUCCGGCGGGGCGAUGGUGUAAGUGGAGAAGAGAAAGCGGUACAAGCGAUGCCGGACGCCAUGGACGACUCGAACGACCUUAUCACCACUAACAAAACAAUCGAUCUCGCCGGGCCGAUCGAGACCAACAAAUCAGCAGACUCCGGCAACGCACCUGCCCAAAACCUCGCCGCCGAGCUGCCAGAGUCUCUCAUCCACCUUGAGCGUGCCCAGCUAUUCUACGCUCGCGCCAACCAUCCCAUUCGAGGUGUCAAAGGCAGGAUCACACAGCCCGGUCCGCAGAAGGGGAGGAUCGCAACACUGUCCGCCUUCAAAGCUAAGCACUACGCAGCUACGCAACUUCGUGCGUCAAGUGACGACCUCAUCAGGAGCGGCAAGUUGCUGGAGGAGGUCCUACGAAAGGAGACCAGGGCGGCACCGCUACACAGCCCAGUGUCCAUGACUGAGCCGAGAGUGGCAAACCUCGAGAAGCAGGUGGCCUCAAGUGUGGCUAGAUCGGUGAGCGUACGUCUUGCAGGACAUGAGAUUGUGAAGGCACUGCAGGCGUUGGUUGGGGAGGGCCGGGAAAAUGUAGGGACGCAACUGGCGGAGCUGGCGAGCAGUGCGUUGGGGUUUUCCAUCGAUGAUGAGGACCAAGACGCUUGAUCUGACGCUGGAGACGCUGUUGUGAGAGCAAGAAGCUUCUGGAGAAGAUCCAAAGGCAACUCAAUCAGCUUGAUUGCGACUGGGAACGUCUGACUGGUGCGUCUCAAUCUCAAGGAGUGACUUAUGGCAAACUAGGUUGCGUCAUUCAGGACGGCU